AUGUCAGGAAGAGGAAAAGGCGGCAAGGGUUUGGGAAAGGGCGGUGCCAAGCGCCACCGCAAAGUGCUGAGGGAUAACAUUCAGGGCAUCACAAAGCCGGCGAUUCGUCGAUUGGCUCGCCGUGGUGGAGUGAAGCGAAGAGGAAAAGGCGGCAAGGGUUUGGGAAAGGGCGGUGCCAAGCGCCACCGCAAAGUGCUGAGGGAUAACAUUCAGGGCAUCACAAAGCCGGCGAUUCGUCGAUUGGCUCGCCGUGGUGGAGUCAAGCGUAUCAGCGGGCUUAUCUACGAGGAGACACGUGGCGUCCUCAAGAUCUUCCUUGAGAACGUUAUCCGUGAUGCUGUCACAUACACUGAGCACGCUCGCCGGAAAACUGUGACGGCCAUGGACGUUGUGUACGCCCUCAAGAGGCAGGGGAGGACCUUAUAUGGUUUUGGCGGUUAA